CACAUGAGAUUCUAUUCCAUUCUCCCUUUUGACUGUUUCCCUUUUAUCUCUUUUCUAUUUAUUGUUUCUGAAUUUUUCAUUCCAAUUUCUUGAGUAGGGAGGACCCUACUCCCUAUUUCCACCUAUUCCUAUUUCUUUGUCCCCUCUUCUAUCCUUUUGGAAACCAUCAAAUAUUUGUUUGGUAUAUAUGUCAAGUUUUAUGCUUCUUUGCAACAGAAACUUUGGACCCUUUUGUUGCAGACCAGAGUAAGAGUUCUCAGUUUCACAACGAUUGUUCAGAUGGACAACGAAUUUGAGGAUAGACAAGAAGAAACAGUUUCAGACAUCAUACGAAGCAAUCAGCAGAGGAAAAAACAGUCGUUUCUGUGGAAAGUUUUGGCCAUGCGAGAGAGAAAUGGAAGAACAAUGGAGAGAGGUUCAAGUUAUUCCCUUGAUGCACUUUCUGAUCCAUCCAUUGAAAAUCGAGUCUCAGAACCUUCCAUGUCUUCUACUGAAGCAGUUCAAAAUCUCAGAGUUUUUGCAGCAACAUGGAAUGUGGGAGGGCAAUGCCCCACUAUGAACCUUGAUCUGAGUGAUUUUCUUCAGGUUCGAAAUGAACCUGAUAUGUAUGUUUUGGGCUUUCAGGAGAUUGUCCCUUUAAAUGCUGGAAAUGUGCUGGUAUUAGAGGACAAUGAACCUGCUGCAAAAUGGCUUGCUUUAAUCAAUCAAUCACUCAAUGGUCCUUCAGAUUUGGCUUUGAACGGACUAAAACAAACUGCAUCUUUUGGCGGACCACUGUUCUUCCAAAAGCCUUCUCUGAAGAAGAUUAAGAAAACUUUCAAGAAAAUAAAUGGAAAGAGGCUAAAAAGUUGUAACUGUGUUCUUGAAAUGGAAAGGAAGGCUGCUAAGGAUUUCUGUUUUCGCUGUCAAGAAUCGAACUUCAAUUCGGACGACUCUUCAACCGAAGAGGAGGACGAAAAUUUUCCAAUUCCUGUUGCCUUAGCUACUAGCCAGAUGAAAUACAGUCUUGUUACAUGCAAACAAAUGGUUGGAAUCUUUGUAAGUGUCUGGAUGAAGAGAGAACUUGUUCAGUAUGUUGGCCAUCUUAGAGUAUGUUGCACUAGCCGCGGGAUCAUGGGUUGUCUUGGCAACAAGGGGUGUAUAUCAGUGAGCAUGUCUUUUUAUCAGACAAGUUUUUGCUUUAUCUGUAGUCAUUUAGCAUCUGGAGAGAAAGAGGGUGAUGAACUUCGCAGGAAUCUUGAUGUCAUAGAGAUUCUGAAGAACACUCAGUUUCCAAGGAUUUGCAAGACACCACAUAGUAGAAUGCCUGACAGAAUCUUAGAUCAUGACCGAAUCAUUUGGUUUGGGGACUUGAAUUACAGAAUCUCUUUGAGCCAUGAUGAUGCAAAAAGGCUUGUGGAAAGGAAGGACUGGCCUGCACUUUUUAACAAGGAUCAGCUUAAAAUGGAAAGGGAAGCAGGUCGUGUAUUCAAGGGGUGGAAAGAAGGAAAAAUCUACUUUGCACCAACUUACAAAUAUGCCUUUAACUCAGACACUUACUAUGUUGAAGGUGUAAAAGUUUCAAAGAACAAAAGGAGAACUCCAGCUUGGUGCGACAGAAUCUUGUGGCAUGGAAGAGGAAUCCAUCAACUUUCAUACGUUCGCAAGGAAUUUAAGUUCUCCGACCAUCGACCUGUUUGUUCAAUGUUUAACGUAGAAGUUGAGGUUAUGUUGAGGGGACAGAAGAAGAAAGUUUCAACUUAUAACUUUCAGAACAUUGAUGAUCUUGUAUCCACAAGAAGUUCAUAUUAUUCUUGAAAAUUCGUACAUUGGUGCACUAACAACAAUGAUUGCAAAAGUGAACAAUAAAUAUCAAAAUUUUGGUUGCAUCUGACGGUGAUGAAAAGUUUGAAGGUUUUGGAAUGCAUCAAGAAACUUGUUGCAUCCAGAAUAGAAGAAGCUGUGAAAUUAAUGUAAUAAAAAUGUUAUUAGAAUUAAUUUCUUUUUUUUUUCUAUGAAAAAAGGAAAAACAAGUUCCUACUAGCAUGUUCUUAGAAAAAUGUGUCAAUGAUUUAUUUUUGGUUCUAUAGGAAAUUAGUAUAUUAUUAACUAUAUAUAACUAUAUUCCUUGUGUUGCUAGUAGUUGUUUUAAGUGCUAACGAAGAGUAUUAAUUAAAGUUUUUUUUUUCCUUGA